AAACCAUCGCGAUAUAGAGAAAAUUAGAGACUAUGAGAUGUGAAAUUUGUGGCCGGACUUUCUCCAGAAUUAGUAAUUUGAACUUGCAUAUUAAGGAGCAGCAUAAGGAUAAAAUAGACUGUUUGAAGUGUAGUUUUUGCCAAAGAACAUUUGUGAGAAGCUUCAAUUUGAAGAGACAUUACAGAGUUAUUCACAAACUAGAGGGAAAAGAACUGAAGUGUGCCAUGGAAGACAAGAAGUUUACGGUCAACCGCCAGAGCUACGAAGAGGCGCGUAAACCUGUGUAUGUGCUUAGUGAACAGUACGAGAACAUAUCAUCGGAUGAGGAUGAGACUACGUUCGCCACGAAGACAGAGGAAUCUCCUAUAACGUCUGAUCAUACCCAUAGUAAUGAAUGGAACUUCCUAGACGAUGUGUCGGUAAGCUCCCUCGAGAUUCCGUCGGACAGCUUUGUGAACGAACUUCUAGAAAAUGCAGAAGACGACGCUGUUGAUGAGCACACACCAGAAACUAAAGACUGCGUACUCGACUCUUCAGCUAGUAACAGUGAAAUGGACACUGACAGAGACGUUACUGUGACGAAAUCGUCAGUUUGUUUUCUCAUCAAUAAAGUUACAACAACGCACCCAGAUGGACGAACGGAAGUGAGCCGAACCUCACAAGUCAUCUAUUCCGAGGACGUAAAUCCCGAAGAUGGGGACUUCCGAAGCGUGGUUAGUGACAUUGCGGAAGACGUUGCCGAGUGCUUGCGUAAAGGGAACGUCCGGGAGAUGAAGGGAGACUUUUCCGUGUAA